UGACAUUAAAAACUACCUAAUAAUCUAGUAAAACCAUCAAAAUUUCUUGUAAACAUUAUUAAAUCUCAGUACGAUGGGUAAUAGUAAUUUGAAAGGGUUUUCAUACAGUUUCAAAGACCAUAAUGAUUCCUUCAACAAUACAAAAGUAAACCGAAGAGUUCCUAAAAGGAAACAGAAAAAUUACAAUUCUGUCAAAAGAAGUUACAAAACCCAAAACCCACGAUCUAUAACGAAAAUUAAACCAUCUCGGACAGUUUACAACACGCUUAAAGAAUUAAUUGAUGAGAAAACGCCUGUGAUGAUAGCGUUUAUAACAUCGAGUCCAGAAUGUCAGUUACGGCUUGAGAAGAAGUCACAAAAAUGCCUAUCCGAACAACGUAAUCAUUUUUAUCCACAUGAGAAAUCGUUCCGUGAACUGAAUUCAUUUCCUUGUGCCACAUUUUGUCAAAAAUGUAGACAGUCCUCUAUACUUAUAAAUAAAAGAGUUUAUUAAAUUUUUGUUAACCCAUAUUCCGAAAAUUCACAAUUUAGUGGCUUUUUAAGUCCCUUAAAUUCCAAAAUAUUUGCUCUGGUAAUUUAGAUUUCCUGGUAAACUAAAUUGAAAACUGGUAUCCCCGCGCAGUGGCGCGCCUUCUAGUGACAAGGGAGCGUGUCCCGAGAUUCGUAUGUCUAGUUUUAUUGCAAGUUAAAGUUUACAUAUUUUUCUUAAAAUUGUCAAAAGUCCUUUAAAAAAUAUUUUAAAGGUUCUAAUGUGAUUAUGUGUUAUCAUCAUAAGUGCGACCGAGACGUGUGAUAAGGGUGUCGUUGCAUGGUGGGGUCGAGGUGUCAAGAUGGGCGACAGUUUCUUGCACCUGGGGGACAUCGUGUCCCUGUACGCGGAGGGCUCGGUUGCAGGAUUCCUGAGUACCUUAGGGUUGGUAGAUGACAGGUGCGUUGUAUGCCCCGAGGCAGGCGACCUGACUGAUCCGCCCAAAAAGUUCCGAGAUUGCCUGUUCAAGAUAUGCCCUAUGAACCGCUACUCAGCUCAGAAGCAGUUCUGGAACACCGCCAAGCAGUCCGCUAACGCAAGCGCGGAUACUGACACCGGACUGUUAAAGAGGUUGCACCAUGCAGCAGAGAUAGAGAAGAAACAGAACGAUUUGGAGAAUAAAAAGCUGUUGGGUACCGUUGUGCAGUACGGUAGCGUGGUACAACUUUUACAUGUCAAGUCCAACAAGUAUUUGACUGUGAACAAAAGAUUGCCGGCUUUGCUGGAGAAAAAUGCGAUGCGAGUGCAUCUUGACGCGAACGGUAACGAAGGAUCGUGGUUCUACGUUAUACCGUUCUAUAAGCUGCGGUCGACGGGUGAUAACGUGGUGGUGGGUGAUAAGGUGAUCCUGAACCCUGUGAACGCGGGUCAACAGGUGUUGCACGUGUCCUCACACCACGAGCUGCCCGACAACGCUGGAUGUAUGGAGGUGAAUGUAGUUAAUUCAUCAACGUCAUGGAAGGUGACUCUGUUUUUGGAGCACAAGGAGAAUCAGGAGGAGAUGCUGAAGGGGGGUGACGUGGUGCGUCUCUUCCACGCCGAACAAGAGAAGUUCCUCACCAUGGACGAAUAUAGAAGGAGACAUCACGUCUUCCUCAGAACCACUGGAAGGUCGAGUGCUACGGCUGCGACUAGCAGCAAGGCGCUGUGGGAAAUCGAGGUGGUGCAGCAUGACCCGUGCCGCGGUGGAGCUGGACAUUGGAAUUCCAUCUUCCGGUUCAAACACCUCGCCACCGGACACUACCUGGCCGCGGAGGCCUGUACUAAACUAGUGGAGGGUGCUAUAGACCCUGAUGCGGAAGGCGAGCCAGCGUACCAGUUGGUAUCAGUUCCACAUUCAUCAGAGAUCGCCACGCUGUUCGAGUUAGAUCCCACUACCAUGACGCACUCCGACGCCCCCGUACCACAAAGUAGCUAUGUCAGAUUACAACAUCUCUGCACUCACACGUGGGUCCAUUCAACAUCAAUACCCAUUGAUAAGGAGGAAGAGAAACCUGUCAUGUCAAAGGUGGGUUGUUCUAUAGUGAAGGAGGACAAGGAAGCGUUUGCCCUUAUAUCCGUGUCCCCUAGCGAAGUUCGAGAUCUGGACUUCGCCAACGACGCCUGCAAGGUCCUCUCAGCACUCUCCACCAAACUACACCAUGGGAACAUCGAGCCCAACGAAAUGAAAGCCCUAACGAGUCUCCUCCAAGACAUAGUUUACUUUAUAGCUGGUUUUGAAAACGAACCGAACAAGUCGAAAGCUCUAGAACUUGUUGUAGAGAAUCCCAAUAGAGACAGACAGAAACUGCUGAGAGAGCAGUACAUACUAAGACAACUAUUCAUGAUACUACAGAGUCCCUUCCAAGAAUCACCAAAAGGCGAACCGUUCCUUAAAAUCGAGGAGCUCUAUGAUCCACGGUACGCGCCUUACAAGUUCAUCUUCAGACUCUGCUACCGCAUACUGAGACUUAGUCAACAGGAUUACAGGAAAAACCAGGAAUACAUCGCCAAGCACUUCAGCUUCAUGCAAAAGCAGAUCGGCUACGACAUACUGGCGGAAGAUACGAUAACAGCGCUGUUACACAACAACCGGAAGCUGUUGGAGAAACACAUCACGGCCUCCGAGAUCGAGACGUUUGUUGGUCUAGUCCGUAAGAACAUGAAGACCUGGCAGUCCCGGUUCCUGGACUACCUCAGUGAUCUCUGCAUCUCCAACAAGAAAGCCAUCGCUGUCACACAAGAACUGAUCUGCAAGAGCGUACUGUGUGCGAACAACGCUGAUAUACUCAUAGAAACCAGGUUGGUGUCGGAUGACUCGAGCAACGACGAUGGUGGAGAGGUGAUGCUGUAUUGGAACAAUAAACAGGAAUGUCGGUCACUCAAUUCUUUGGCUGAACAAGCAUCAGAUCCUCGUAGCGAAGCGGCCGCCAUCUUGGAUUACUACCGCCAUCAGCUCGACCUGUUCUCGAACAUGUGUCUCAACAGACAGUACCUGGCGCUCAACAGUCUGUCACACCAACUGCACAUUGAUCUUAUACUCAAGUGCAUGUCAAACCCCGUGCUAUCUCACGAGGUCCGUGCAUCUUUCUGUCGCCUGAUGCUUCACCUGCACGUGGACCGCGACCCCCAGGAGCCCGUCACGCCGGUCAAGUACGCCCGGCUGUGGGCAGAGGUCGCCGCCACCAUACGAGUGCACGACUAUCAGUGCGUGAAAGGCGGUCAGGAUGCGACACGGGAGAAGGUGAAGAAGCAAUUCGAGUCCACGAUAGAUUUCGUUGAGGACUACUUGUGCAAAGACGUGACCAGGACGUGGUACCUGAGCGACCACGACCAGAAUAAGUUGACCUUUGAAGUCGUUAAACUGGCUAGAGAAUUGAUUUACUUUGGAUUUUAUAGCUUCAGCGAUCUUCUUCGGCUGACGAAAACCUUAUUGAGUAUUCUUGACUGCGUCACUGCCAUCGAUCUGCUGAAUGAAACGAACGCGCUCGCCGGAGAGGUUGAAUCGGAGGGGGGAGUUCUCCGGAGCAUUGGCGACAUGGGAGCUGUCAUGACCUCCAUCACACUCGGACCUGGCGCAUUGAAUCAGGUGGUGGGCGGAGGGCCGGCGAGGAGUCCUUCAGCGUUGGCGCUGGCCAGGAAACAUCCGCUCGUCAUGGAGACCAAGCUGAAGAUCAUCGAAAUACUGCAGUUCAUCCUGGACGUCCGUUUGGACUACCGCAUCAGCUGUCUGCUGUCGAUCUUCAAGAAGGCUUUCGAGACCUCGUCCCCGGAUGCUCUCGGGCGUGUGGACGUGGAGGCCAUCGGACUACAGGCCGAGGGAAUCUUCAGUUGUCGAGCAAUUCAAACUGUGCCUGACAACUGUCUGCCAAAAAAUGUAGAUUUAGACGGUCUGGACCUGGAUGCUUGCGGCGGUCGUAUGGUGUUGAGAGUGCUGCUGCAGCUAUGUUCCCAGGGCGCUUCGGCCAGUCUCGUUUCAGGAGCCCUAGCGCUGCUAUUUCGCCAUUUCAGUCAGAGACAAGAGGUUUUGGCGGCUUUCAAACAGGUACAACUGCUGGUGUCGGACGCGGACGUGGAGUCCUACAAACAGAUCAAAGCCGAUCUGGACAUACUGAGACAGAGCGUUGAGAAAUCCGAGCUGUGGGUGUUCAACAAAGGACGCGCCGGCAUCAUAGAUGAUCACAGCGACAUAAAAGGCGCUGUUGGUCCUGGCGGGGCAGUGUUGGAGCGAAACGCGUCGCUAGACAACGUCCGAGCGCCGAGAGGAGAUCGACAGGAGUACGAUAAGAUUAAGGAGAUCCUGGAACGGAUGAUCAAGUACUGCACCCAGGGCAACUCGGCGAGGGAGGGGGGGGACUCGAGACCUCGGAGACACGAGCAGAGGCUGCUGAGGAAUAUAGGAGUACAUAAUGUAGUGCUGGACCUGCUACAGGUGCCGCACGACGAAGACGACGCCGCUAUGGACGAGCUUCUGGACCUGGCGCACGAAUUCCUCCAGCACUUCUGUCACGGGAACACACAGAACCAGGCCAUACUUCACAAACAUCUGGAUCUGUUCCUAAAUGCUGGAAUCCGCGAAGCCCAGACCGUGUGCUCGAUAUUCGAGGAGAACGCAGCUCUGUGCGCUCACGAAGGGAACGAAAAGGUCGCCGCACACUUCGUCCACUGCAUCGAAUCUCGCGGACGGAGACCGGCCUACCUCAAGUUCCUGAGAACGAUAGUGCGGGCUGGACCACACCAUAUACGGAGAAGCCAGGACCUGGUCAUGCAGGAAAUGGUGAAUGCUGGCGAGGACGUGCUGGUGUUCUACAACGACAAAGUACUCUUCAACUACUUCAUCAAAAUGAUGAGAGAGUACAAACAGACGGGAGAGAUGCCUGAAGCUUUAACGUACCACAUAGACCUCAUAAAGCUGCUGACUUGCUGUACCCUGGGGAAGAACGUCUACACGGAGAUCAAGUGUCACAGUCUCCUGCCGCUGGACGACAUCGUGGCGAUGAUCACACACCCUGACUGCAUACCCGAGGUAAAAGAGGCGUACGUGGGCUUCCUGAACCACUGCUACAUCGACACGGAGGUGGAGAUGAAGGAGAUCUACUCCAGCAACUACAUGUGGGAUCUGUUCGAGCUGUCCUUCCUGCAGGACAUGCUGGCCAUACUGCAACCGCCCGCCGGCCUCCCCUCGCCUGGUCCGUCUUCAUCGGCCGUGGUCCGCACUUCAGCCAGCUCCAAGCAGGCGUGGGUGAACUACGUGACGGACGUCCUCAUGCACACUAUAUGCACGUUCUUCAACUCUCCCUUCAGCGACCAGAGCACCACAGUACAGACUCGCCAGUCGAUCUUCGUGAAGCUGCUCCAGACCACGUUCCGUAUCUACCAGUGUCCGUGGCUCACUCCGCCGCAGAAACUCAACGUCGAGAAGUGCAUACGAACACUCAGUGAAGUUGCUAAAAGCCGAAGUAUAGCGAUCCCGCUCGAGCUGGAGGCUAAGAUACAAACGGUGUUCGAGAAGGCCGCGGCGCUGUCGCGACAGACGAGCAAAUGGUUGCUGGCUUCAAAGAGUUCGAAAUUGGAAAAAAUGGCGUCACAGUCUAACCUGCAGAAUGACCGGUCCGUGAUGGAAGGUCUGCAAGAAAUCGUCGCACUUCUAGAAGAACAACUACGUCCUUUAUUACAAGCUGAGCAAUCCCUACUUGUGGACAUACUGUACAAGCCUCACAGACUGUUCACGAGCCCGGGAGAACUCACGCAUCCUGACACUAGCGGGAUAUUCAUAUCCAGAUUGAUUCGUCACACAGAGAAGCUGCUGGAGGAGAAAGAAGAGAAGUUAUGCGUGAAAGUGUUGCGGACAUUACGAGAGAUGAUGGCCACCGACCCUGAGUACGGGGAAAAGGGUAAUCAGUUACGUAGUAAGUUGUUGUCCCAAUACUUCGUCCGUCGCCGCAGCGAGCCACGGCCGAGCAGCACGCCACUCGUCGCUCACGGACCUGGCGCCAAGGUGUUGCUGCGGACCGGUCAGUCUCUGGCUCAGGUGCAGGAGCAUCUCGACAGAGAAGGCGCCUCCGACCUGGUGGUGGAACUGGUCAUGAACUCCAUCAACAGACCCGCCAUCUUCCUCGAGGCCAUACAGCUCGGAAUCGCACUUCUGGAAGGAGGGAAUCCUAUUAUCCAGAACAGUAUAUUCACCAAGCUGCAGAACGGUGAGAUAUCGCAGGCGUUCCUGAAGGUUUUCUACGACAAGAUGCGGGAGGCGCAGCAGGAGAUCCGGUCCCUGGCCGUCUCCAGCACCACCACCACCACCACCAGCGACAAGAGAACCUCCACCGACAAACAGAAGACUACCAGCGACGUGAAGGGUGUGUGUCAGCCGGUGGUGGGCGAGGACAUGGACGAGGAGGUGGCCAGCGCCUGUGGCACCGCCGUACACGCAUACUCGGACGUACACACCAUGUCGCAUGGCACAACAGUGCUGGAGGAAAUAAUGGCGGAGAAGAAGCGCGAGGCGGGGAACACGGACGUGCUGCCCGCCAAGGUGGCCGUCAUGACGCCCAUACUGAGGUUCCUGCAGCUGCUGUGUGAGAAUCACAACCCUGACUUACAGAAUCUACUCCGCAACCAAAACAACAAAUCAAACUACAACUUAGUAUCGGAAACGCUGAUGUUCCUGGACUGCAUCUGCGGGUCGACGACCGGUGGUCUCGGCCUGCUCGGUCUAUACAUCAACGAAGGGAACGUGGCACUUAUAAACCAAACAUUGGAGACCCUCACUGAGUACUGUCAGGGUCCCUGCCACGAAAACCAAAACUGCAUAGCUACCCACGAAAGCAACGGUCUGGACAUAAUAACGGCUUUGAUACUGAACGACAUCAAUCCCCUGGGCAGGACGCGCAUGGACCUCGUGCUGGAGCUCAAGAACAACGCCUCGAAACUGCUGCUGGCCAUCAUGGAGUCCAGGAACGACUCGGAGAACAACGCCGAGAGGAUCCUCUACAACAUGAACCCCAAACAGCUGGUAGAUGUCGCUUGUUCCGCUUUUUACCAGGAGAACUCCCUAGACGCCGACUCCGACUGUGAGGAGGACGCGCCCGUCCAGGGAGUGUCCCCCAAGGAGGUGGGGCACAACAUCUACAUCCUGUGUCAUCAGCUGGCCGCCCACAACAAGGAGCUGGCGGCGCUGGUCCGAGCCUCGCCCACUGGCCCCGCCGCGCCCGCGCUGCAAUACUACCGCACGCAUACUGCGCAGAUCGAGAUAGUGCGCACGGAUCGCAACAUGGAGCAGAUCGUGUUCCCCAUCCCGGAGAUCUGCGAGUACCUGCCGGCGGACAGCAAGCAUCGCGUGCUGCAAACGGCCGAGAGAGACGACCAGGGCAGCAAGGUGGCCGACUUCUUCAGCAGGCUCGACAACCUGUUCCACGAGAUGAAGUGGCAGAAGAAACUACGAGGUCAGCCGUUCCUGUUCUGGGUGUCGUCCUACAUGUCUCUAUGGAGCAACAUAUUAUUCAACUUCGCAGUAUUAAUUAAUGUCAUCGUUGCUUUCUUUUAUCCAUUUCCCGAGGAAAAUCCGAAGCUGGGCCCCCACUUGUCGCUGGUGGUGUGGGCGGCGGCGUUGGCGGCGGGCGCUCUGGUCACGUGGCUGCCACGCGGCUCGGGGGCGAGGGCGCUACUCGCGACCGGCAUCGUCAGGCUCAUCUUCUCCGCUGGGCCUGAGCCCACACUGUGGACGCUGGGCAUGCUCACUAUAGUGGUAAAGGGCAUCCACUUGGUGAGUAUCAUGGGUAACCAGGGCACCCUGUCCAAGUCCACGCGCCACGUCAUCACAGACCCUGAACUGCUCUACCAUGGGGUCUACCUCGGCUUCUGUUUCCUUGGAAUUUGUUGCCAUCCAUUCUUCUUCUCCGUUCUGUUACUAGACAUCGUGUACCGCGAGGAGACGUUGUUGAACGUGAUGAGAUCUGUGACUCGCAACGGCCGGUCCAUCCUGCUGACGGCCGUGCUGGCGCUGGUCCUGGUCUAUAUGUUCUCCAUCGUAGGCUACAUGUUCUUCAGAGACCACUUCCUCGUCAACGUCGAUAGACUAGACGAUGACAACGAUCCUCGCUACGAGAGUGAGGCGUGUUCGAGCGAGUCGUGUCGCGUGGGGCCUGACCCCGCGGCUAAGUACCUCCGGGGGCCCCGGUUCGUGUCGGUAGGAGGGGGCCUGAGAGAGAGAAGCUGCGACUCACUCAUCAUGUGUAUAGUGACCACACUCAACCAGGGCCUCCGGAAUGGAGGGGGCAUAGGGGAUAUACUGCGGGCGCCUGCUAGCUUUGAACCGCUGUUCGUGGCGCGCGUGGUGUACGACCUGUUGUUCUUCUUCGUGGUCAUCAUCAUAGUCCUCAACCUCAUCUUCGGUGUGAUCAUCGACACCUUCGCGGAUCUCCGUAGCGAGAAACAACAGAAAGAACUUAUAUUGAAAAACACCUGCUUCAUAUGUGGGUUGAACAGGUCAGCCUUUGACAACAAAACGGUCUCCUUCGAGGAGCACAUCAAGAGCGAGCACAACAUGUGGCACUACCUCUACUUCAUGGUGCUGGUGAGGGUCAAGGACCCUACAGAGUUCACCGGCCCCGAGAGCUACGUGCACUCCAUGAUCAAGAACAACGACCUCGAGUGGUUCCCGCGCCUCCGAGCCCUGUCCCUGGUUGGGGGCGGGGAGGGGGAGGGGGGCGAGCUCGAGUUGCGUAACCUGCACCUACAGCUGGAGAGGGCGCAGGUCGCGGUCCGAGCGCUUUCAGACCUGCUGACGGACCUGCGGGAUCAGAUGACGGAGCAACGUAAGCAGAAACAACGCAUCGGGCUGUUGAACUCGACCUCGGCGUAUCUCCAGAACCUGCAGAUGAACCUGCCGCCGUGAACGACACGCCGCACACACAGACACACACACAUACAAAUAACACACACACACAGACUUCAACACACACGGACACACAACUAGACGCACACUAACAGAAACACAUCCUCGUGUAAGGCGGUGUGUGUUUCCAGCCGUCUCUCGGAAAAUAUCGCACAAUACAAUGUUAUAUGUACUCUAACUUCAAUACGAGAGUCGCAGCGACCGGCGACAUAUAUACGUAAAGAUUCUAAAAUAAUUAUAUUAGGUCAUAAGAUAUAAUAAUUUAUAUUUCGACGUAGGACAAACGUUUCGAACAUUUGACUAGAAAAAAAUAUUGAAUAAAAAAAAAAUAUAGUGUUCCAAGCAGAGGUCGCCGAGUCUCGGGACACGGAACUUCUAUGACUAAGCCAAAAAGCAAUAAUCUCCUCGAAGACAUCUUAUUGUAUGUUGUUCUUCGAGUAUUCUAUAUACAAUUAUAUUCGUAAAUUAAUUAUUAUUAUAUCAUCAAAGGGAUCGCCGCCAUGUUUGAAAUAAUUUUAGAUUUCGUUUAUAGUUUCAGUCAUUGAAUAUAUAAACAAGAUGGCGGCGAUUCACGCGGAGAACUAUGUUAUAAGGGUUAUUGAUGACGUAGUUCUCCGAAACAUGGUUGUUAAUGGGGAGCCGAAAUGGACUCUAAGACAUAUGUAUAAGGUCGCGAAUGGUUUGAUAUAGUUCAAUACUAUACUAGAUCUGUUUUCUCUUCAAUAUUCUAUUAUUAUUUACAGUUUUUUUUUUCUUAUCUCGCAUUUUCUAUAAAUUUUAUAUUUUUAAUUUUAUUUUUCAGUUAUUAAGUAAUCGCGUUACAUUAUGUGUAAGGUUGUUGAUGAAUUAUUUAAUAGCUACCCGCGAGAGCUCCCCGGUCACUAGCGGACGUGCAAUAUGAAUUAGCUCAAAAUCCGUUACCUAUUAACUAUAUUUAGGUAUUUUUUAUAUUAAGAUCUGAUAUCUUUAUCUCGUUUCAUGUUUUCUAGGUUAUAUGGGGUAGUUGUAGUGUACAUUAAGUUUUAAUAAUUUUUACAUAUAUAUAUAUAUAUAUUAUGACGGGAUAUUUUUAAACGGAAUCAGUCGUUAUUUUGUCAAUAAUCAGAGCUGUAUGCGUUUAAACCUACGUCACUGAUUUUUAAUUUGCUGAACAAUAACUUUUAGCCGCCAUGACCUUGGGACGACCUUCAGUAUAGUGCCAUUGCUAAAGUACCAAUAUUAUAUAAGUAAAACAAAGUUUUAAUAAAAUAUUAUAAUACUGACACUGAGUAACGUUUCAUACGGAGAUGUUAUUGGUAUCGUUACAAAAGAUCUUUAUAUACGUAUAUUGUUUAUAGAUACGCAUUUUUAUUAUGUAACUAACAUUCCUAUUUAUAUAUUUUCAUUACUAAUUAUAAUUUUAUUAUAUAAAUUUUUUUUAGAUAAAAAAAAGGAAAUGAUCUUGUAUACGAUUCUUAGUAUCAAUAAACUUACAUAAAUGAUAAUUUUGAAUGAUCUUUAAUUAAAAUUUUCUCAUGUUCUUAGUCAUUGUAUACAAACUUUCAAAUUUCUCUGUACAUUCCUAUGUAGUAUAUAUAUUAUGUAAUAAAUUGUAUCUGAACAAGUGAUCACAGAUGGCGCUGUGAAGUUUUGUGUGGCUACUCUGUUAACGAAACAAUAAAAAUAUGUCUCAAAAA